UUCGGUUGAAGUUGUGUUGAUAAAAUACGGGGAUGUAAAAAAACUGAAUUUCAUAGUUCACGGCAAACCGUUGCUAUUGGACCAAUAAACGUUGUGGGCCAAUAUUUCAAGGCAUUUAAGUAUAAAAAUGAAGCUCAGGAUUGUGUCGUGUGAGCGUUCAAGUUAAAUUGACGCAAUUGAUACCGCCACCGAAGCCACUACAUUCAUUGUUUUGGAAACGGGACAUUAAUUGAAAAUAAACCAGAUUCUAAGCAUUUUUUGACUCAUAUCCAGCAAUACGAUAAUUGCUUUAAAAUGACGUCAUUUGGAGCUACAAAAGCUAUUCAAGAAAAUUUUAUGCCAACUUUCAAGGCGAUGGGAUUCAGUUCGCCGCGAGAACCAUGACCAAUCCUCUGGCCAACCCUGAGGAGAACAGCGGCAAAUUCCAAGGAGAUAUUAUCCUAGACGACUUCAUGAUUGAAAUCCUACUCAGGCAGUACGCAAUGGGGCGUAACGCGUACACGUGGCCAAAUACUAAGUGGCCGAACAACACCGUUGUUUGGGAAUUUGGAGAGGGGGAAUUUGAUCCUCGUCUGCAAGCCACCAUCGAGGAGGCGAUCGAAGAUAUCGAAAAACACACAUGCCUCAAGUUCCGUUACCGCGAGGCUGGAGACACAGCCUUUGUCAGACUCACCGGUAAAGCUGAUGGAUGCUAUGCCAGCAUCGGAUACUGGGAGCCACGAGGCGUGCACGAGAUGAACCUUGCCCGCGAUGAGCCAGGAGUGGGCUGUUUCCGCCACGCCACCAUCGUGCACGAGUGGAUGCACAUCCUCGGCUUCCUCCACAUGCAUGCCACCUACAACAGAGACGACUAUGUUAAGAUCAUCGAAGAAAACAUUACACCUGGUCUCGAGCACAACUUCGACAGCUACACACAAGACCUCAUUGAUAACUUAGGCAUUGAAUACGACUAUGUCAGUUGUCUGCAUUACGGACCUUACGCAUUCUCACGAAACGGAGGGAAAACUAUCGUUGCUCUGAAGGAGCACGCGGGUGCGAUGGGUCAGCGUUUGUACGUAACCAGCGAUGACUGGCUUCGCAUCAACAGACAUUACAACUGCAAAGGAGCUUGGGAUUAAGCCACCAUCAAAACAAUAAAAUGAAGCAACGCAAUAUUCCCUAAUAAUAAAAAAAUAUUUCAGUUA